CUGGCUUGCGCGCUCUCUCUCUCUCUCUGCACCUGCAUGUAGACGGGGAGCCCUGAAUAGGAAGUGCAAGCCCCCCUCUGAGUACAGCGCUAACUCGGCGUUUCUUUGCCCUUCCCCUGUAACCAGAGCCGGCACUCAGUCGCUUGGGGCUGGUUUGGUCCCCAGAGCCUGGGUGGGGCCGCUCUCGGCUCACGUGGCCAAGAGAGAAAGAGGGCGCUACCACCGCCGCUGCCAGCGAGACAGGCGCUGUUGUUUUCAGUCCCUGGAACCGGGCUCUGGUCUUCUGGAGACGGGUUUGCUGAGGCAGCAGCAGGAGCGCUUUCCAGCUAGGGAGUCGCAAGUGGAGAGCAAAAAGUGUCUGAGGAGCCUGCAGGUGACCCAGAAGGGAGUGAGAGGGGCCAGCAGCUGGGAGGCGGCUUCACUUGUAGCUGGGCUGAGAACCCCAACUCCGCCGGGGCAUGGGAGCAAGUCAUUCCUUCACAAGAGUAGAAAAGUAAUUAAAAUUUGCAGAAUGAAAAAAUGGCAGAAGCGCUGCUGGCACCACCAGGACCAGACUGCUUCUUCCGCUUCACUCGGGAGUCCCUUGCAGCAAUUGAGCAGCGGAUUGCUGAAGAAAAGGCAAAACAGAGUGCUGAACAAGACCAAAAGGAAGAUGAGGAUGAUGAAAACAAACCAAAACCAAAUGACAACUUGGAGGCAGGGAAGCCGUUGCCCUUUAUUUAUGGAGACAUACCUCCAGGAAUGGUGUCUGAGCCCUUGGAGGACCUGGAUCCUUACUAUGCAAACAAAAAAACUUUUAUAGUAUUGAAUAAAGGGAAGACCAUCUUCAGAUUCAGUGCCACACCUGCCUUGUACACGUUAAGUCCUUUCAAUUCUCUUCGAAGAAUUUCUAUUAAGAUUUUGGUUCAUUCAUUAUUCAGCAUGUUUAUUAUGUGCACUAUUUUGACAAACUGUGUAUUCAUGACCUUGAGUGAACCCCCUUCCUGGGCAAAGCACGUAGAAUACACCUCCACUGGAAUUUAUACAUUUGAAUCCCUCGUUAAAAUUUUUGCAAGAGGCUUUUGUAUAGAUCGUUUUACUUUUCUUCGAGACCCCUGGAAUUGGCUUGAUUUCCUUGUCAUUACAUUUGCAUAUGUGACAGAGUUUGUGGACCUGGGCAAUGUCUCAGCGUUGAGAACAUUCAGAGUUCUCCGGGCAUUGAAAACUAUAUCAGUCAUUCCAGGCCUAAAAACUAUUGUGGGAGCCCUAAUUCAGUCAGUGAAGAAGCUCUCAGAUGUCAUGAUCCUGACGGUGUUCUGUCUGAGCGUGUUUGCACUAAUAGGGCUGCAGCUGUUCAUGGGCAACUUGAGGCAUAAGUGUGUUCUUUCACCCUUCAAUCAGUCUAACACAUACUUUGAUCAGUACUUCAAUGGAACAGAAUUAAACUGGACUGGCUACUUUGCAGUUCAAGAACACUUUUACACUUUAGAAGGUGAAAAGGAUCCCUUGCUUUGUGGUAAUGGUUCAGAUGCUGGUCAAUGCCCAGAAGGAUAUAUGUGCGUAAAAGCUGGUCGAAACCCCAACUACGGCUAUACGAGUUUUGAUACUUUCAGCUGGGCCUUUUUGUCACUCUUUCGGCUGAUGACUCAGGACUUUUGGGAAAAUCUUUAUAUGAUGACGCUGCGUGCUGCUGGCAAAACGUACAUGAUCUUUUUUGUCCUGGUGAUUUUCCUGGGCUCUUUCUACCUGAUCAACUUGAUCUUGGCUGUUGUUGCCAUGGCCUACGAAGAACAGAAUCAAGCUACUAUAGAAGAGGCAGAGCGGAAGGAGGCUGAAUUUCAGGAGAUGCUUGAGCAACUGAAAAAACAUCAAGAGGAAGCUCAGGCAAUAGCAGCAGCUGCUGCAGAGUACAGCAGCUUUAGGGAUGAAGGUGGGCUUGGAAGACUUUCUGAAACAUCUUCAGAACUGUCAAGACUGAGCUCCAAAAGUGCUAAAGAAAGAAGAAACAGGAGGAAGAAGAGGAGGCAGAGAGAGUUGUCUGUGGCAGAGGAUAAAAGGGAUGGCAAUUUUUUCCCAAAAUCUGAAUCAGAUGGCAGCAUCAAAAAGAAGGGCUUUCGAUUUUCUCUGGAAGGAAACAGACUCACGUAUGAAAAUAGGGUUGCUUCACCAUACCAGUCCAUGCUGCUUUCCACAAGGCGUAAUAGCAGAACCAGUUUUUCCAGCUUCAAAGGUCAGACUACUGAAGGGGGAUCAGAUGCCGAUAGUGAGCACAGCACAGUUGAAGACAAUGGAAGCCGUAAUGGUUCCUAUUUUGUUCUACGCAGACAUAGUGAACGGCGCAGCAGUAACAUUAGUCAGGCCAGUAGGUCAUCCAGGAUGUUGCCAGUGUUUCCAGCAAAUGGCAAGAUGCAGAGCAGCGUGGACUGCAAUGGGGUCGUUUCCUUGGUAGGAGGACCACCAGUACUCCUCUCACCUACUGGACAGCUUCUCCCAGAGGUGAUAAUAGAUAAAGCAACUACUGAUGACAGUAGCACUGCUUCUGAAAGAGAUAGCAAACAGAGGCGGUCAAGUUCUUUUCAGAUAUCGAUGGAUUUGCUGGAAGAUCCCACUAUAAGGCAAAGAGCAAUGAGUAUAGCAAGCAUCAUCACAAACACAAUGGAAGAACUUGAAGAAUCCAGGCAGAAAUGUCCACCAUGCUGGUACAAAUUCGCCCACGCUUAUUUGAUAUGGAACUGUUGUGAUACUUGGAUAAAAAUAAAGAAAUUUGUUCAUUUAAUUGUGAUGGAUCCAUUUGUUGAUCUUGCCAUUACUAUUUGCAUUGUUCUAAACACAGUGUUUAUGGCCAUGGAACAUUAUCCAAUAGAGGACUCAUUCAAAGUCCUUCUUAAAACUGGAAACCUGGUCUUCACUGGGAUCUUCACUGCAGAAAUGUUCCUAAAGAUAAUUGCCAUGGAUCCUUAUUACUAUUUCCAAGAAGGCUGGAAUAUUUUUGAUAGCUUCAUUGUCACCCUGAGUUUAGUAGAGCUGAGUCUUGAAGAUGUGGAAGGGUUGUCAGUCCUAAGAUCCUUCAGAUUGCUUCGAGUUUUCAAGCUGGCAAAAUCUUGGCCAACUCUGAAUAUGCUGAUAAAGAUUAUUGGGAAUUCAGUUGGAGCUUUAGGAAACUUGACCUUGGUGCUGGCCAUCAUUGUCUUCAUUUUUGCCGUGGUUGGUAUGCAGCUGUUUGGUAAUUAUUACAAGGAAUGCAAGUGCAAAAUCCAGGAAGACUGCUCAGAUCGUCUACGCUGGCACAUGAUUGAUUUCUUCCACUCCUUCUUGAUCGUGUUCCGAGUACUUUGUGGAGAAUGGAUACAGACUAUGUGGGACUGUAUGGAGGUUGCAGGUCAAAGCAUGUGCCUCCUUGUAUUCAUGCUGGUCAUGGUGAUUGGAAACCUAGUGGUUCUGAACCUCUUCCUGGCCUUAUUGUUGAGCUCUUUUAGUUCAGACAACCUUGCUGCUCCAGAAGAGGAAACUGACAUAAACAAUCUACAGAUUGCUGUAGCAAGAAUUCAGAGGGGAAUAGAUUAUGUAAAAAGGAAGUCAUAUGAAUUCAUUGAAUCCAUUUUGCAAAAAUGCAAGGUCCCCACUGUAAUAAAUGCAACUGAUGAACAAAGCAGGAGAGGUGGGUGUAUUCCCAACCAUACUAUAGCGGAAAUCAAUCCCGAUUAUCACAAAAGUAGAACGACAACAACGAUUUGUGUGGGCAGCAGUGAUCAUAUGUCAUUCAUUAACAACCCAAAUCUCACUGUAACUGUGCCAAUUGCUGUGGGAGAAUCUGAUUUUGAACAUGUAAAUACAGAGGAAAUUAGCAGUCUGUCUGAGGUUGAGGAAACUAAUGAGAAAUUAAAUACCUCCAGUUCCACUGAAGGUAGCACCAUUGAUAUUGUUCCACUGGGAGAAGAAGGAGCCGAAGAUUUAAUGGAAGAUACAUCAGAACCAAAGGAUUGUUUUACUGAAGGUUGUGUACGAAGAUUCCCUUGCUGUCAAGUCAGCACAGAAUCAGGGAUGGGCAAAAUCUGGUGGAACCUUCGCAGAACUUGCUUCCGAAUAGUUGAACACAACUGGUUUGAAAGCUUCAUUGUCUUCAUGAUCAUUCUCAGCAGUGGUGCUCUUGCUUUUGAAGAUGUAAAUAUAGAACGGCGCAGGACUAUCAAGACCAUCCUGGAGUAUGCUGACAAGGUCUUCACAUACAUCUUCAUUCUGGAAAUGCUGCUUAAAUGGUUGGCCUAUGGUUUUCAAGUCUAUUUCACCAAUGCCUGGUGUUGGUUGGAUUUUAUCAUUGUUGAUGUUUCCUUAAUCAGUUUAAUAGCCAGUGCCUUGGAUUAUUCUGAACUUGGUCCUAUUAAAACACUUCGGACACUGAGAGCCUUGAGACCUCUAAGAGCCUUAUCACGAUUUGAAGGAAUGAAGGUGGUUGUGAAUGCCCUUGUAGGGGCCAUACCAUCUAUUAUGAAUGUGCUUCUCGUUUGUCUUAUAUUCUGGCUAAUUUUCAGCAUCAUGGGCGUAAACCUGUUUGCAGGCACAUUCUACUAUUGUCGUAAUGAGACGAGUCAAGAGCCGUUUCCAAUAACCCAUGUUAAGAAUUAUAGUGAAUGUUGUUGUAUGCCAAAUGCAAGUUGGGUAAAUGUGAAAGUAAACUAUGAUAAUGUUGGAGCUGGAUAUCUUUCUCUACUACAAGUUGCCACCUUUAAAGGAUGGAUGGAAAUCAUGUAUGCUGCUGUCGAUUCAAAAGGCGUGGGAAAUCAGCCCGACUUUGAGGCUAACAAGUACAUGUAUCUCUACUUUGUCAUCUUCAUCAUAUUUGGUUCCUUCUUCACCUUGAACCUUUUUAUUGGUGUUAUCAUUGAUAAUUUCAACCAACAAAAAAAGAAGUUAGGAGGUCAAGACAUCUUCAUGACAGAAGAACAAAAGAAAUAUUACAAUGCAAUGAAAAAGCUGGGGUCCAAGAAACCACAGAAACCUAUACCCAGGCCAGCAAAUAAAUUCCAAGGCUUUAUUUUUGAUUUUGUAACCAGGCAAGCCUUUGACAUUGGCAUCAUGAUUCUUAUCUGCCUGAAUAUGGUCACCAUGAUGGUAGAAACAGAUGAGCAGGAUGAGUCUGUGACAAACAUUUUGUACUGGAUUAACAUGAUUUUCAUUGUCCUUUUCACUGGGGAGUUCAUCUUGAAACUGAUCGCACUUCGUUAUUAUUAUUUCACGAUUGGUUGGAAUAUAUUUGAUUUUGUGGUUGUCAUUCUCUCCAUUAUAGGUAUGUGCUUGGCAAACAUCAUUGCAAAGUAUUUUGUGUCCCCCACCUUGUUCCGCGUUAUCCGACUUGCCAGGAUAGGUCGAAUCCUGCGUCUAAUCAAGGGUGCAAAAGGGAUACGCACUCUGCUCUUUGCCUUGAUGAUGUCUCUUCCCGCCUUGUUUAACAUUGGCCUCCUCCUUUUCCUGGUCAUGUUCAUCUAUGCUAUCUUUGGAAUGUCCAAAUUUGCCUAUGUCAAAAAGCAAGCUGGUAUUGAUGACAUGUUCAAUUUUGAAACUUUUGGCAACAGCAUGCUCUGCCUCUUCAUGAUCACCACUUCUGCCGGCUGGGAUGGCUUAUUAUUACCCAUUCUUAACACUGACUCUCCAGACUGUGACCCUAACUUAGACCAUCCAGGAAGUUCAGUCAAAGGCGACUGUGGCAACCCUCCUGUUGGGAUUUUCUUUUUUGUCAGCUACAUUAUCAUAUCAUUUCUAGUUGUAGUCAAUAUGUACAUUGCUGUUAUUCUGGAGAACUUCAGUGUUGCCACAGAAGAAAGUGCUGAGCCUUUAGGUGAAGAUGAUUUUGAGAUGUUCUAUGAGGUUUGGGAAAAGUUUGAUCCAGAUGCAACCCAGUUUAUUGAGUUUAGUAAACUCUUUGAAUUUGCUGCUUCACUGGAUCCUCCUCUUUUAAUACCAAAACCAAACAAAAUUCAGCUUAUUGCAAUGGAUCUGCCCAUGGUCAGCGGUGACAGAAUCCACUGCCUGGACAUCUUGUUUGCUUUCACAAAACGUGUUCUGGGUGAAAGUGAUGAAAUGGAUGCCCUUCGAGUUCAAAUGGAAGAUCGGUUUAUGGCAGCCAAUCCUUCAAAAGUCUCCUAUGAACCAAUUUCAACCACACUGAAACGGAAACUCGAAGAAGAGUCUGCUAAAAUUAUUCAGCGAGCCUUCAGACGGUACCACUUAAAGAAAACAGUACACAAAGCUUCAUUCAUAUUUGCAGAAGAUGAAGAUAACUUUCCUGUUAAAAAUGAAAUGAUUAUUGACAAAUUAAGUUUGAACUCAGCUGUGGAAAAGACAGAUAGGAGCUCCUCCACAACUUCGCCCCCUUCGUACGACAGUGUAACAAAGCCAGAUAAAUAUGAACAAGAAAAGUCAGAAAAAGAAGAAAAGGACAAAGAUGUCAGGGACAGUAAAAAAUAAAGAGAAACAAGUGAUUCUCUCUACAACAGACUUACAGCAUAUGGAAGUAACACUGAUACCAAAAGGGAUUCCUGUUGGAAAUUUAUGCCAAACUGACCAUUUCUACAAGAAUCUAACAUAAUAUAUACAUGCUCCUAAGGCCAGCAUUGAACACGAGGCAAUGGUCAUCUUACUGCUCACUUGGUAAUAAGGUAACAAGACUAUGAAGGCAGCCCUGCUCUUCUUACCAGCUGGCAUCAGUGAAGAAGGGUGCACAAAAUGGCUACAGACUGUCAGAAAUGCAUCAGUAAUUGUGUGUGUGUUACAACCCACUACCUGCAGUAAUGGUAUCCCACUGUGUCCUGUUUUACAGAUUUCUUUUGGUGCGGUCAUAUUUCAGAUCAUGAUUAUCCUGAGAAAGGAGCCAAGUGCUCUUUCCUCAGAUAUUUGUUUACAUUUAUUUAUAUUUCUUUCUUAGUCUUUAUAUAAAUGUUGUAAUACUUAUUCAUUGUGGGCUUGCCCCACUACAAACAUAUAAUGGGAAAUCCUGGUUCUGUUUCAGAAUGAGAGAUUUCUAAAGAGGCCUGCCAGGGAGGUGGAACAGACAGACAGCGCAAGGAUGCUUCUUGGGAUGUCCAUGUGCCAGCUGCAUCCCGAGUGACUUUGUGGAAACAUGCAAGAGUGAACUUGCCAGGUUCUAUUGAGAUGUGAGGUUAACACAUUUACUGGGGUUGCAUGGAUUGGGUUUCAUGCUUAAAUAAAACAGCACUUUCUGUACAUGUACAGAAAGAUACAUUUGUCAGAACAUGCCCCCCCCCAGCCCAAAAAUGUCCCUCUUAACAACAGAUAACUGCCGCAGAUAAGCUUAUUAAAACAAAUAACAUGGCAUUUUUCACACAGCAGGCUUUACUGUGAGUUCAGAGUUGCCCAAACAAACUGACACAAUUGGUUUUCUACCCUAAAGAUAUGAAUCGGGCUACACUCUAACAUGCAAUGAAAAACUCAAAUUGUGUGUGACAUGCUCCCUGAUAGCUCGCAGGGACUUGGGGGUAAAUCUGGCCAAUAUGUGAACACAAGACCUCCCUUCCGGAGAAGAUGCAAGCUAAAAGCCCUGUGUGAAAAAUGCCCUUGCAGAUUUUGUGCUGGACCACUUUCAUUAACCCUGAAAUGUUCUCAAGCAAGGGAGUGGAUUGAAACACAGUUAAGGGUGUGAGGAGAAGCCUGGCUCCCGGUCAGGAUCCAGUGAAAAGAGAAAGCACGGUGCACUCUCCAUGAUAAGAUGCACAGCCCCCAACAUAAGUAAUUGGAAUGAAGAGGAAGUGGAGUGCAGGGUAGGACAAAAACCCAGUGUUGGCCUGGCUGAAGAGGAGACAGUAGAAGCUGCAGUGGCUAGUGAAGUGAUCCACUACGUGGAACCACCAGCCUCCAUUAUGGGGCAUUGGAGCAGAAAGGGAAUUCCUGUCCGUAUUCAUACACAUGGGGAGGCAAGGGCCACUGGAACCAGCACCAUGAAAGUGGUGGACUUCCACAGUGAACCUCAAAGAGGUUCAGAAGGGUGAGAUGGAAGCUUUCCUUAGAAAUCUAAGCAGCAUUCUGGCACUUUUCCACCUAUUAGCUGUGUAGAUCCUCGUGGAACUUUCUCUCUCCAAAAUUGGGUGGGGUCCAAGAAUUUUACUAGAGUGGAGGGCACCUUUUUCAUGGUUUGGCAAUUCCUCCUUCCUCCAGUCCCUCAAGCUCUAUGGGUUUCAGCUUGGGCUGGUAUACACUUACAUAUUCACACACAUAUACCAUAGAGGAAGAGUGUAUUCCGAGGUGAUAGUUUACUACUAGAGUCAAAUAUCUAAUCUGGGAUACCUGUGAAAUGUGGUACAUAACAAUGCAAAAGACACUUGGACGUUAUAUUCCCAAAUGUUUCCCCGCAUAUAUUCUCCCAUAAGGGGAAGGAACGAUAUUAUGUCUGAAUCAACCCAGAAUACAUAUACACAUACUAAAGUAUGGUACUGUAUAUGCUCUCUUUGACAUGCAGUGUACAGGUUUACAGAAGCUCUCCAAGGACAGGAGAGAGAGAAAAUAGAGAAAGUCACUUGCAUCCCAAUGCAUGUUAAGAUAAGGCUCUUCCAUCUUAUGCCUGAUGAAGAUUUUGAAAAUAUUUUAUCAAGGAAUAAGAUAGAAGUAUCUUUAGAAUAGCACUGCCAAAAGAGCUGAACCUUUCCUACAGGAGUGUUAUUUCUAUUAAAUUGUUUCCUUCAGCCAGGGAGAUUCUGUUUCCUUUUCUGUUUUUCCCCUGGUUUGUGGUGCUGCUCCCUUUUUUGCCUAAAGGUUUAGAGGGGGCCCCAUCUCCAAAAGAUAACACACACACACACACAUGGUUGGCCUGUUUAUUAUGGGAUAUGCCAUUUCCACUUAUUAAACAAUAAUACAUUUAGGAUUUUUUAAAAGUACAGAGAUACUACUUGGGCUCACAAGAGGGUAUGUCGUAAUUUAGCAGAGUGUAACUGUGCCUGCUUCCCAAAUUUUCUUUACCCAGUAACAGUUUCUGAAAUCAGAUUAAGCCAUAACAAAUACCAUCCGUAACAUAAUUUCAUUCUGCAAGUCAAACUUGUAAGGAAAUAAGUAUGUUGAUACCUAUUCCUUUUCAUGAGUUAUUGGUCCAAAAUGGCAUGCUCUCUCUAUUUAAAAGCAAACCAACAUGGUGGAUAGUGACAAAGCAUGGCUGGGAGCCUGCUUUCAAAAUGGUACUUAAUAUUCACACAGUCCAGAUAGCUUUUUAAAUAUGUUUCUUAUAUAUUCUUGUUUAAAAUUCUUUAUUUGGCAAGUGAAACGGGUGGUGUGGGGGAAGAAUCCUUUGGCACCUUAAAGACUAACAGGUUUGAGUAAAAUGUUUAAGAGGCCACAGUACUCUUUUAUAAGUGGGUGUUCUUAACAGAUUAAAAUAAAUUCCCUCUGGAAUUUGGCAAGUUCAUUUCCCCCAGUUCUCUCUUGUGUACAGAUAAGAGUUUUGCAUGAAGGCAUGCUCUACUUUAUAGCUCAUGCAUGGAAAAACGUAGGAAGUAACAAAGAACAGCAAAGUCAUAAUUGUUCAGGAUGGUAUAAGGUAUAUUAGCUAUUCAUGCUGCUAUGAAACACCAGGAGAAAGUGUCGUGCAGCUAUAAACUUUGCAAUGAAUAUGUAAACUUAAGAGCAGUGGAUUGGAUUAUUGCUUGUUUUGUGAACCGUUGCAUUUUAACCAGUGUGUUCCACAAUCCAUCCAUUGAAGUGGACCAGCUGACAGUUUUAUUCUUGCCUUAUGUAGCAAAAAUAAACCUCAUCUUGGGGCAAGCCAUUGCUUUAACAUACUAAGCCUUGCUAACCAAAUAUUUAGACCCUCCACAAUAUGAAAGGGUAGGCAGGGAGCACAAACCAAAAGGAAGAUUUGGUCCCAACUGUUCUGACAUAUAUAGUGGAGGGAAUGAUGUAUGGAAGAUUCAUGUAUGUUGCUACUUAGCUUUCUUCUGAAGUAACAUUUAUCCAUAGUCGUCUCUCUGCAAAACUGGCACUAUGUGUAUCAAUAAUUGCCCUUGUGAGUAAAUAUUUGGAUUGAAAAGUAGCAUUUUUGUGUGCAAAGAAAUAAUUACCUGAGCAGAGGCAGCAUUGGGGUUUGUUUGUUUGUUUGUUUUUUAAAAAAUGUGAGUCUUCUGUUUAGUAUGCAAGCUUGCAACAGAUCAUAAUGUUCUAUUUUAGAUCAUCAUACACUGAAUAAUAAAGCAAGGGCUGUGUGUAUUCUCUGUGUGUCUAUGGGUUUGCAGUGGGACUGUCCAGUCUGAUACUGGAGUGAAAAAACAGGCAUUCUAAUAAACCUCAGCUUUCUCUCUCCUUUUUAAACAAUUAAGGUUCUGGUUCACUGGGCUGUUUGUCAAAAAAAGCUAAGUGAUGAGUGUGGUCAGAGGGUGGAGCUUCAGUGCCUUACAUCACUCUCUUUAACAUAUUAUUUCUAGUAAUUAGGGUUGCAACAUUUAAUAGGAUAGGUUAAUCAAUUUAAAAAUCAUUUCAAUCAACUAAAGAGUCCUCCCAAUUAAUUAAGUAGUAGAUUUUAAAAAACCAGCUAGUUAUUGAAAUUGCCAGUGGCAAGUGCCAUCCUAGAAGAAUGGUUACACAUUCUUCUAGGUUACACAUGCUGCAAAACAUGCAGACAUCAUCUAAAGAUAUGCAUUUUUUGCUUGAACUACUGUUUUUUAAACAUAUUUCAAGGACUAAAACAUAUGAUAAAUACAGAAAGACUUCUUUAAUGGGUGGCAGCCCAACCUGUAUCAGCCAGCUUGCCUUGCCAUCCCCUUUCCCACCAUGCCUCCUGUCAGCCACGUCUCCCCCUCUCCCCUGAGAAAAUCCAUAUCUUAUUUGAAAACGUAGGGCCAGUUCACACAAUUAAAAUUAUGGGCUGGUACUCAAAACCUGGGUAACUGGGAAUUAGGAGAUUCACAAAGCUGUGUGUGUUACUGAUUUCAUCAUACGAACCCAAAAUUUUGCAGGAAUGUCACUACACCAAGCCAAAAUUUAACUAGGAUAAGUAAUCUAGGAUAUGAUCUAAGGUUGCCCAUACUGGGUAACUAUUGCCAAAAAUGCCUGGGUUCUUACAACUGGGAAUUGGGAAUGUAUAUGGCUCAUGGAUCUCCUGAUUUCUGGUCAACCAUCCUUUUGUGGCUUGUGAGAACCUGCCGAAUAUCAAUUAAAUAUUAAAUCCUAGAUUCGCACAGAAUGUUUUCCCAAUUUCUCGUUGUGUGAACCCAGACAUUUUUUGUGAUGGUGGGAUAGACAUGUUGUUAUUGAUGUCAGUUAAAUGUCAGGUUGACACAGUGGCAACUCAAUAUUGCUGAAAAUUUUCAGGUUCACACGACCAGAAAUCAAGAGUGCACAUGCCACACAAAUCUAAGAUUUAACUGACAUUGUCCUAAUCAUGUGAAGUGGCCCAUGGUUUUCAGAAGGAGAAAAAAUAAUAAUUAUAUAUAUAUAUAUAUAUAUAUAUACACAUACACACACACACACACACACACACACACACACACACACACACACACACAAUGUUCAUCAUGUUCCAUAAUUUAUUCUGGGUACAAAGGGCUUGUGUUUUGUUUAGAGCAGCAUCUAGAUUUGCUAGUAUAGAAUACAUACAGCCCUGCGUAGGCCUAUCUUGUUCUGACAUACCUUCCAGUGGUGUAAGAUACAAAGCUGAAUGUCAGUGGCAGGAAAAAGAAUUGUUAUGUACAGAAGUUUGGUUUAUGUUUGCAACAACCUAAUGCUGCUUUUAACAAGUGUCAUGUUUAAUGACUGGUGCAAGACCAUUGCUCUCAAGAUGUGCUGUAAAUGUCUUAAUUUGUUUACAAAUAUGAAUUUAUAAAACUUUUAUAAAAAGCACAUUUAUGUUGUUUUACAAACCCUUAUGUUAUCAGUUUCCAUAAUAAGAAUUGUUUGUGUUUUUAUUUAAAUUUAGUUAUACCAGCACAAUACACUGUAAUAUACUUGGGGGAAAUCAGUUGCAGUUGCAGACAUGUUGGGGUUUUCUUCUCUGCUUAUUGUGCUUUCAGUGAGAAAUGCAAGAGAGAAGAGUGAACAAAUUUGAAUAUGAAGUAAUUUCAGAUACAAGGGGGCCACAUACUACUUGCUUGUGAAUGGAUUGAUCUUCAAAAGUGACAAAAAGAAUGAAUAACCUCUAUCUCCUUCCUUUGCUUGCAUCUGACAUUUUAGUCUAAUAAUUAAUGGACUAUAUCUUUUGCAGUAUUUUUAAACAGAUACUUAUUCUUGAUCCAUGCUGCAUAAGAGCUAUCUUAAACAUAACAUGGGGCCCACAGUCUGUCAUUGUUUUUCAUCCUUCUGCAAAAACAAAAUAGUAAACCUUCAAAACCAAUCAUAUAUGACAUUUGUUUGUUUCUUACAGAGUGGAAAAGUAAACUUAUUCUUUUACUUUGGCUAUUGACUAGUAAUAUAUAUAUUGAUUAAUUGCAUGUAGAAGAAUAUUUUAGCAUAAAGAACUAUAAACUACAUUACUAACAAGCCAAAAGAAUAAAGGUAAUAAUUUUUAUCAUA